CUGGUGGCAGCCGCCGCAUCUGCACAGAGUGCCUCGAUGGCUUCUGCUUCGCUGAGUGCAGCAGCAGCAACUGUUACAACGAGUGCCUCUGCUGUACCGCCCCUAUUCCCCGGCGAAACGGUGCAGCUGACCGAUGAUGCCUUGGCCAGGGCCGCUACCGCCCUGAAAAAUGAGACUCUGGCGCGGAUGUUCGCUUUCGGGGCAUCGAACACGACCAUCGUCAAUGGAACUCGCGACCAUAGUUGCAAGCUCAUGCCAGGCGAUGCGGCAUGGCCUGCUGAGUCAACCUGGAAGAUCUUCGAUCAGUUGCUCGGCGGAAGCCUGCUGAAGCCUGUGCCUUUGGCGGCCUACUGCUACCCAGACUGGCUGGAAUAUGAUGCGGAAAAGUGCUCCGAGAUAACAUCGGAUUGGUUGGAUGCUUCUCUGCACUUCGAGGACCCCACCUCUAUCAUGCUACCCCUGUAUGAAGGCCGCUCAUGCAUGGCCACCGGGUACAACUACACCACCACAUGUACGCAGGGUGCGUACCCGACGUACGUCGUCAAUGUGUCCACUGUUGCCCAGAUUCAGCUGGCCGUAAAUUUUGCCCGAAACCAGAACCUCCGGCUCGUGGUCAAGAACACUGGUCAUGAUUUCAACGGGAAGCCGUCGGGUAAAGGAGCUCUGUCCAUCUGGACACACUGGCUCAAGGACAAGGCAUUUUACCCUUCCUUCAAAGCUGACAAUGGCUAUUCUGGGCCUGCUAUGAAGCUCGCCACGGGCAUUCAAGCCUGGGAGGCGUAUGAAUUUGCCAAGGCGUGCAAUGUGACCGUCAUCGGAGGCGAAGGUGCCACCGUUGGUGUAGCUGGUGGCUAUACAUUUGGCGGAGGCCAUUCGCCACUAAGCAGCAUGUAUGGCAUGGCAGCAGAUCAGGUCUUGGCAAUGGAAGUUGUUUUGGCUGAUGGCCGCUUCGUCACUGCCACUUCCAAGCAAAACUCCGAUAUCUUCUGGAUGCUUCGCGGUGGUGGAGGUAGCACGAUCGGUGUUGUGACAUCUCUGACGAUCAAGGCAUAUCCGAAGUUGCCCACGACAACAGUUACUUUCAACUGGACGAUCAGUGACACGCCCAAUGCAGAAGCGUUUUGGGCAUCGUUCCGGUCCUACCUGGACAAUUUCGAGACCUUUGUCGAUGCCGGAACCUACGGAUACUAUUACCUAGGUGCUUCGUCUCUCGAGAUCGGGACAACUUAUGCUGGCGAUACGGACUAUUAUUUCCGCAUGGAGUCCUUCGUUGCGCCGAACAUGACCAUUCCUGAAACCAAGAAACUUCUGAAACCUUGGUUUGAUACUCUCGAUAGCCUAAAUGUCAGCUACACUCCGUGGUACAACCACGCGGAUAACUUCCACGAUGUCUGGAAGGUUGCAUUCCCUCUGGAGGGCGGUGGAUCAGAUGUGGUCAAGACGGCUUCGCGUCUGUUGCCUCGGAAGGUCUUCCGCAGCCAGGAACUCCGGAACCGGAACUUCCUUGCCCAUAAGGACGCCAUCGAGAAGGGCUUGUUCAUCGCGGGCUUCCACAUCAGCGGCACAGGCAUCUCUGUCAAGCCGCCGACCGACAACGCUGUCUUGCCGGCCUGGCGCGACGCUCUUGCCCACGUCAUCGUCGGGUCCGAAUGGAACUUCACCUCCAGCUGGGAGACCGUCCACAAUUCGUCUCUCUUUGUAACGAACUGGAUGGACGCCCUGCGAGAUAUCUCCCCCGACUCUGGUGCGUAUAUGAGCGAAGCCGACCUGCUGGAACCUAAUCUCCAGGAAGCCUUUUAUGGUGUCAACUACCCCCGCCUUUAUGAGUUGAAGCAAAAGUACGACCCGACCGGGUUGUUCUUUGCACUUACCGCUGUGGGAGCGGAGGACUGGGAGGUCCAAGUCACCGACCCGUUACCCUAUUCGUGGAACAACAAUGGGCGGUUGUGUCCGAAAUCUGCCUAAUGAAAUGAGGUCAGUGCUCAGCGUAUGUAUAUAGGUGUCAAUGCAUUGAAGUAUUCAAGCCAGCUCCAGUAUCCUACUUUUCAGUAGAGAGAAACCUUGAGCAUAUCUUGGGUGUGACCAAGAAGGACAAAGUAGACUGAACAAGAAGAAAGAGGAGAUAGA